AUGUCCGAUAGUGCACAUGCACCAUCAGAGCAACAAGAAUCAAACCCCUCUUGGACAAAUUUGACUAUCUUUCCAGUAGAACCCAACCCUGACAUUCUGAAAGUUAAAAAAUCAGAACUACGACUGUAUUGUGAUUUAUUGAUGCAGCAAGUGCACACUGUUAAGACUGAAGCAACCAAGGAGGGUGGUCCAGAAAUCAAAACCCUUGACGAAGCUACGAAUCUCUUAGGAGCCACUUGUGACACAUUUAUCAAAACUUUAGAGGAAUGUAUAAAGAUUGUUAAUACAAACCUUAAUGAUGUUCCUGCUGUGGCUGAUACAUCUGCUCCACCAUUACCACACAAUCAGUCUAAAAGUAGAGGAACUAAGAGUGUAUCCCAUAUUGUAAGAAGCACAUCUAUUGACAAAAAACUGUAG